AUGCCUGAAGGGAAACAUGAUUAUAACCUGCAAACCUUCUUUCCGCUUUUCAGCAGUUACAUAUAUACUCUUAUCACGGAUGAAGAGUCUGUUCGAUAUACCACCGAAUCUGUUCUGACCGACUUUCUCAAUGAUGGCGUCUGCUAUCUCGAGCUUCGAACAACACCGCGCACCACCCCUCAACUCUCAGCAGAGCAGUACAUUUCAACUCUUCUUGAAACAAUCUCGUCAUUUGAGUCUCAGAACCCUCAGCUACACACUCGCUUGAUUCUCGCUGUUGAUCGACGGCAUACCCCUGAACAGGCUGGUUCUACGCUUGAGAUUGCUCUGAAAUACCGUGAUCAAGGAGUCGUGGGCCUGGAUCUCUGCGGUGAUCCAACAGCGAGACCUGCAGGCGAGAUCAGUGUCUUCACGCCUGUGUUUUUAGAGGCAAGAAAGAAGGGCUUAGGGGUUACAGUCCACUUUGCCGAAGCUGAGGCGAGUGGAUCGAAGGAGGAGUUGGAUACGCUGCUCUCUUGGGAACCAGGUAGGCUGGGACAUGUGAUCUGGGAGGAUGAAGAGGCAAAGAAGGAGAUUACAAAGAGAGGAUUGUGUCUCGAGUUAUGCCUGAGCUGCAAUGUCAGAGCUGGAAUGGUAUUAGGCGGCUUCGAAGGUCAUCACUUUGGGCACUGGAGAGGAGUCGAAGGCCCCAAGAUCUCACUCAGCACUGACGACGUGGGAGUAUUUGGAAGUCCCUUGUCUAACGAAUAUAGACUCGUUGCGGAACAUUUUGGCCUUGAUCAUCAGGCUAUAUGCGAGCUUGCGAGACAGCCUAUUGAUGGCAUAUUUGGAGGCGAACGAGAAAAAGAGAGGCUGAGACAUCUCAUGUGGUCACAGUGA